ACCUCUCAAUCAUCCUUCGAACUCUCGCAAUGGCCUCCUGGACCCUAACCUCCCACCUUCUCACACUCCACCGCGACCAAUUCGCCCGCGCCACGCAAUCCCGCUUCCUCGCCCACGCCGCAUCGGGCAAACUCUCCAAACCGCUCAUCUCGCACUGGCUCGCCAACGACCGGCUCUACAUGCAAGGCUACAUCCGCCUGACCGGCUCGCUCCUCCGCACCCUGCAGCUCCCCGCAAAGCCCACGCCCAGCAAAGCCGCCGGAGGCAUCGAAGUGCGGCUGCUCGACUGGCUCGUCGAUGCGCUGGUCAACAUCCGGCGCGAAGAGCGCUUCUUCAUGGACGUCGCGGAGCGGUACGGGUUAGACGUUGAUUUGACGGGGGAGGAUGGCGUGAGCGUCAGGCCGGAGAGGAAGAUCGCCGGCUUGAGGCGGUUUGAGGAGCUGUUCGGCGGCCUGACGACGGGCCGGCAGGGGAGUUCGUUGCUUCCGUGGCUGGAGGGCGCGGUGCUGUUCUGGGCGACGGAGAAGGUGUACUUUGAGGCGUGGAGCUGGGCGAAGGGGCAGGCGGAGGGCGCGGCGGGGAAAGCUUGUGAGGAGGACGAGGAUGGGGGCGCGAUGAGGAGGGAGUUUAUUCCGAAUUGGACGAAUGGGGAGUUUAUUCGGUUUGUGGAGACGCUGGAGGGCAUCCUGAAUGAGGGCGUGCAGGAGGUGGUGGGGCGCGAUGAGCGGCUGAAGAAAGAGGUGGAGGAUAGGGCUGCGGCUGUUUGGAGGGACUUGCUGGGUGCUGAGGAGGCGUUUUGGCCAGAGGUUUGAACCCUGGUUUCAUGAGUGCUAGAUGGCUGUAUAAUAAGCUGUGUAGUGCGGCAGAGUUGCAUGAUCAACCACCUCCCCAGCGAAGACGUGUCAUACUCAGUUGAGUAGCACGCGUACUCGGGCAGUAUCUCAUGCAGGAAAUGUAGAGAAGACAGUUUGUUGGUGAGGCAGCCUGCUGGCAUCUUUUUCCGUCUAUUCCCCGCUACAAGUUGAGGGUGGGUGCUCCAAUGACUUUCAAGCUAACGCAU